CUGGUCACAGACCUGUUUGCCUGAGAGCCCUGCUGUGAUCUCUGCCCCUUCCAGAAUGAUCCCUCUGUCCCUCAGGGAAGCCUCACACUCAGCACCUUCCAGCCCUUCCAGGAGCUGGGCUGUGGAAGGCACAGCUGGGCCAUGGGCUCCUGCAAAGAGCCUGUGCAGACCAAGAAGGGACAAUUUCGGGGAUCAGGCAGAUUCAAGAGGUCACACAGCACAGCAGCAAAGACCUCCCUGCUCCGUGCAUCACCCACCUCACUCCCCUGCAGGGAGCAGGUCAUUCUGCCCGUGGGGCAGCUGGAGCAACAUCCCCAUGGACCACCUUUCACCAGCCAGCAAGGCCAGUGAGCAGAAGCUGGAAGAGCUGUGGAAAAAAUCACCCCAAAAUAAGUUGGAGCAACUCAAGAAGAAGAUUCAGGAGCAGAAGCAAAGGCAGCAAGCAGGACCCUGGGAGCAGAAGCCCCUGAUUUCUGCUAAAGAGCCACUGCCAAAAAGAGCCCUGAAGAGAAAGGUGUGCAGGGUGGGCUCUGCUCCUGCUGCUCCAGCUUACAGAGACCAAAGAGAGAGAAGCUCAGCACAGAGAAUCCAAACGCAAAGCCAGAGGCAGCCUCCACCCAAAUCCUCUCUUCUGAAAAAAACAGGAGGGAAAGGUGUGAAGCUACCUGGUGCUUCUGCAUGGAGAGAAGGUCAGAAGUUGGCCAGAAAGUUGCUUGGUCGACCCCCUGAAUUUCCAAAUCUGAGGAGCAGAGCUGCAGAGCAGAGCACAGCAAACACCCUCGAACUUGAUAGAGGAUUUGUGGCAAUGCCAGCGAUGGAAAACAGCUGGAGACACAAGGGAAGUGAAGCUGCAGGGAAGAGCCCUGAAUUCCAAAGCUGCAAGGCUGUGGAAAGGGGCAGCAAUGCACCAGCUGAGGAUACCAACCAAGCACUCAGGGACCUCCACUUCCAAAGCCAGUUCCAUGAUGAAAGCAGACAUACCAGGCUCCCAAAAGAUACUGUAAAAGGAAAGGGAUCCCUAGGGAAUGUUCUGCAGCAAUCCUUAGGGAUCCAUUCUCCUUCACCUGGACUUUGGGGCAUAACUCCCUCUGCCUUCAGUGGGGAAAGGAUAAAACCUUCAUUAAUGAAAGAUGGAGCCAAGACCAGCACCUCAGGAAGCUGCAGCAGAGGGAAAAGUGCAUCUCCUCAGAGACAGAAAGGCUUGAGCAGCCCUGCACAGAGAGGAUCUGAGAAAGAAAACCUUAAGAACCCUUCAAAGAGGAGGGUAAACCUCAAAAAACCUCACCCCUACGGCCCCGAAACUGUGCGGGAAUUCAUGUAUCGCAAAAAGGAAGAAAGAAAGAAAAAACUCCUUGAGGAGAAAAAGUCCUUGGUGGAGGCUGCAGAGAUGAGGAAGAAGAGAUUGCAAGAGGUGUACAGGAAACAGAGAGAAGCCAUUGGGAAGAAAUCAGGUCCUGACCAGAUGCACAAGUUCAUUGGGAAAACAGCUUCUGCAACAGGAAAUCCUCAGGGUGAGCUUGAGCAGGAGCAAACCAGUGGGGGAAUCCGGGAGAGGAGUUCCAUGGCCUGGGUGGAUGAAGCAUCCUGUCCUCUAUUACAUAAAGAUCAUGGAGGCAGGUACUCAGACUUCAAAAGAAUCAACUUCAAAAAGGAGGGGCAUUAUCUCCUCCAGCACCACUGGAAUAAAGAUGCAAAACCUUCCUCCAAGGACUGGACUUCUGGACUUUCUCCUUACAGGAGCAAACAGGAGCGAGUGAAAGCCAUUCACAGUCUAUCCAAGGAGCUUGAAGAAAAGAUUGACGUGGCAACCAAGAGGCUGAGUGCAGCAAGCUGGGUGGAUCUCCCGGGGCCGGUGGGUUCCCAAGUGAUGGUGGAUCCCAUGGAAGCUGGAGAUACCCCGGGGGCCGUGGAUCCCUCGGGGGCGAUGGAUCUCUCGGCAACUGUGGGUGCCCUGGGGGCGGUGAUGGAUCCCUUGGGAGUGAUGGAUCCCCUGGGGGCGCUGGCAGCCAUUAAAUGA